AUGAUUGGUGUCCGGGCUUCGGUUGGCCCCUCUCCGCAAUCAACGCUCAUGGGGACCUUGGAUUGGGUUGAUCCUGGUUACACAAACCUGCGCGCGAGCGAGAGCCAAAGGGGGUGGCAUCCAAACCACGACACCAAAACAGAGCCAGAAUCGGAAGAUGACUCGACGAGGUUGAAGGAAUAUGGAAAAUUCACUCGUGACGACGAGACAAACCAAGCGGAAGCCGCGAGCGUGCAUAACACACAUGCAGGCCAGGCGAGGUCGGAGCUCAGCAAUGAGAUGUCAGACUCCAAGUGUCUUUGCGUCCGUUGGGAACAUACCACCAUUGAUGAGGUCCCUGAAUGCCUCGUAGCCCAGAUAGGUGCCUUGGCUCAAGAUCCAAGUUCCUUGCCCGGGCGGCCAGUAGGCCGGUUGGCGGAGAAAGGAGUUGCCUGCCUGCCUUCUAACAGUAGGCACCGGCCGUUGAUGGGGCCGAGGGGUAGACGGGGCACGGUGAACAAGCCAGCUGAAGGGAGAUAA